ACCUUUCUCUCUCGUAUUUUAUCUCUGAACCCGUCACCGGCCGCUUUUCUUUCACGACAAGUUUCGGCUGAAGCCGCCGUACUUUCCGCCGGAAAACUCUAUUAUUCUCCGAUUCGUUAUUCAUCUAUCUCUUUUUUGUUGCCUUUUAUUUUGCUUUGCGAGAACCCUAACUCCUCCGUCGAGAUCCGCCACAUCUGACAUUAUUUCCGGCUUCUAUUUUUUAUUGAUUUAAUACCAUUUUCUUAUACAUAUCCGAUCUGUUUGAGGAAAAAAAGAGGAUUGGGUUGGAGCUUUUUUGUUUGGUUUAAGCUUUGAUAUUUGGCUCUGAUCGGAGUAGUGUUAUAAGGCUGUUGGAAUGGCUGGGGGGUCUUCUUUUGAUACCCUUGCUAACGACGAUGAUGGUGAAGUAGUCACGGUAGUGAAUGAGGAGAAUGACGACGAUAUGCUUGGUAAAGCUUUGAAAGGGAAAAGGAAGAAGUCGAAAGGGGCCAAGAAGGGUGGGAAUCGAUUUGCACUUGAUGAACUUGACGAGGCUAGUGAGAAAGUUGAUGAGAUGAAAGCCGAGGAAGAAGAUGUUUCAAUUUCUUUCUCGGAUAAGAAAAAGAAAUCAUCUAAAAAGAAGGGAAAUAUGUUUGGAGGAUAAGCUUUUGAUGCAAUAGCUGCCGAAAAUGAUGACGGGCAGGUGGUUGAUGACGAUGACGAGGAAGAGAGUAAAGUUGAGGAUGAUGAUUAUCCCUUUACGGGGAAAAAGAAGUCAAAGGGUGGAAAGAAGGAUGGUGGAAGUAGGUUCACCGCCGCCGCAUUUGAUGAUUCUGAAAACGAAGAGCCCUUGGGUGAUGAGGUUGAAAACGAAGAGGGUUUGAAAGAAGACGAGGAAGAAGAUGCUCCUUCAUUUGGAUUUUCAGGUAAGAAGAAGUCAUCUAAGAAGAAAAACAGUGCUACAUUUGCAGCCUUAGAUGACGAGCUUGAAAAUGAUGAGAGUGUAAAAGAAGAUGAGGAAGAUGUUCCUUCAUUGUCUUUAUCGGAUAAGAAAAAGAAAAAAUCGAAGUCUUCUAAGAAGAUUGGCAAUUCCUUCAGUGCAGCAUUGCUUGACGAAGAUGGAGACACUUCUGUACCUGAAUCUACAGCUGCCUCUGUUGAUGAUAACGAUGUUGAUUCUUCCAUGAUUGCAUUUUCAGGUAAGAAGAAGUCAUCUAAGAAGAAAAGCAGUGCUGCAUUUGCAGCCCUGGGUGACGAGGCUGAGCUGCAAAGUGAAGUUUUAGACAUGGUUGAAACUGAACAAUCGGGUUUCGGAAUUAGUAAUGUUGAAGCUGGUGAUUCUAAAACUAACAAGAGUGAAGAGGCAGCCGAAACUUCUAAGAACAAGAAGAAGAAUAAGAAGAAGAACAAGAGUGGCAGGACUGCUCAAGAGGAGGAAGAUUUGGACAAAAUUCUAGCCGAACUUGGUGAGGGGCCUCCUACAGGAAAUCCCACAGAAACAGCCCCUCCCCCAGAGGAGAAAGCUCAGGUUCAGCCAGAGCCGGUUAUAGGUGAGAAAGAAGGUGAAGAAGAACAUGUGGAGUCUGCUGCUGCAAAGAAAAGGAAAAAGAAGAAGGAAAAGGAAAAAGAGAAAAAGGCUGCUGCUGCAACUGCAGUCGAUGCUAAGGAAGAAACUCAAGAGGAAACAAAAGUGGAGACCUCCGAUCCCAAAAAGAAAGAUGCUAAGAGUAAAGUUGCUGACAAGAAACUACCAAAGCAUGUUAGGGAGAUGCAGGAGGCACUUGCUAGGAGAAAAGAAGCUGAAGAGAGGAAGAAAAAGGAAGAAGAGGAGAGGUUGAGGAAGGAAGAGGAAGAGAGACGUCAACAAGAAGAGCUUGAGCGACAAGCAGAGGAGGCUAAGAGGAGGAAAAAGGAAAGAGAAAAGGAGAAGCUCUUAAAGAAGAAGCAGGAAGGUAAGCUGUUGACUGGGAAGCAAAAGGAAGAAGCACGUCGACGAGAGGCAAUGAGGAAUCAAAUAUUGGCCAAUGCAGGAGGCUUGUCUUUGCCUACUGCAGAGAGAGAGGGCGCACCUACAAAACGACCUAUAUAUCAAGCAAAAAAAUCUAAAGCAAUUCAUCAUGAUAAUGGUAGUGCUUCUACUAAGCCUGAGGAGAAUGUACAAUCAAAGGCAAAAUCGCAAGAAGAGCCGCAGAUGAAGGUCGAGGUGGAAGCAGUAGAUGAUGAGAAGGGUGAUGAAUUAGAAUCAACUAACACCGAAGAAAAAUCCGUAGUUGCAGAUUCUGCUGAAGGGAAUAAAAUGGAAGAAGAGGAUGAUGAUGAUGGUGAGUGGGAUGAAAAAAGUUGGGAUGAUAUUAAUCUAAAUAUCAAGGGUGCCUUUGAUGAUGAGGAAGCUGAUUCUGGGCCCAAGCCUGCAAUGCAUAAAGAUAUAAAGAGUGCUCCACCAGCUUCUCGCAGUACAGCCCCUCCCACAGCAACCAAGCCAAUGGUCGAGGUUGAAUCAGAUACAUCUAAGCCUGAGAUUAAUGCACCGGACAAAAACUUGAAAAAGAAUACUUCUGUGCAAAAUAAAGCAUCCUCCAAGUCGGAUGCUCCUAAGCAGAGUGAAGUGCUCCGGUCCCCGAUUUGCUGCAUUAUGGGCCAUGUUGAUACUGGUAAAACGAAGCUGCUGGAUUGCAUCCGUGGCACUAAUGUCCAGGAAGGUGAGGCUGGUGGCAUUACACAACAGAUUGGUGCUACAUAUUUCCCUGCUAUUAACAUACGGGAGAGAACAAAGGAAUUGAAGGCUGAUGCCACAUUGAAAGUUCCAGGCUUAUUAGUAAUUGAUACCCCUGGUCACGAAUCCUUUACAAAUCUUCGCUCAAGGGGAUCAGGUUUAUGUGAUAUUGCCAUUUUAGUUGUUGACAUUAUGCAUGGUUUGGAGCCACAGACAAUAGAAUCACUCAAUCUUUUGAAAAUGAGGAAAACCGAGUUCAUUAUUGCAUUGAAUAAGGUAGACAGACUUUAUGACUGGAAAGUUCGCCGCAACUCACCGAUUGGGAUGACACUUAAGAAACAAUCUAAAGAUGUUCUCUCUGAAUUCAAUAGGAGAGUUACCUAUGUUAUAACGCAGUUCAAGGAGCAAGGGUUGAAUACUGAAUUGUACUACAAAAAUAAGGAAAUGGGUGAAACUUUCAGCAUCGUGCCUACAAGUGCAGUCACGAUCCCAGAUUUAUUAUUAUUACUUGUCCAAUGUACCCAGAAAACAAUGGUUGAGAAGCUUACAUUUAGUGAUGACGUGCAGUGUACGGUCUUGGAGGUUAAGGUUGUUGAAGGCCAUGGGGCAACUAUUGAUGUUGUGUUGGUUAAUGGUGUUCUUCAUGAAGGAGAUCAAAUUGUGGUUUGUGGCUUGCAGGGGCCUAUUGUCACCAAUAUAAGAGCAUUGUUGACACCUUACCCAAUGAAGGAAAUCCGAGUGAAGGGACAAUAUAUGAUGCACAAGAAGAUCAAAGCGGCUCAGGGUAUCAAGAUCUCUGCACAGGGCCUUGAGCAUGCUAUUGCUGGCACAAGCGUCUAUGUCGUUGGUCCUGAUGAUGAUGUGGAAGAUCUCAAAGAAGCAGUCAAAGAAGAUAUUCAGUCAGUGAUGAGUAGGAUUGACAAAAGUGGGGAAGGGGUCUAUGUGCAAGCAUCUACCCUCGGCUCUUUGGAAGCAUUACUGGAAUUUCUGAAAACUCCGGAAGUAAAUAUUCCUGUUAGUGGUAUAGGCAUAGGCCCUGUACACAAAAAAGACAUAAUGAAGGCUGGUGUUAUGCUGGAAAGGAAAAAGGAGUAUGCUACCGUAUUGGCUUUUGAUGUGAAGGUGACCCCGGAGGCUAGAGAACUAGCAGAUGAAGUUGGUGUGAGAAUCUUUUUGGCUGAUAUCAUUUAUCACUUAUUCGACCAAUUCAAAGCGUAUAUUGAUGGUCUCAAAGAGGAGAGGAAAAGGGAAGCAGCAGAGGAAGCCGUCUUCCCUUGUGUUAUGAAGAUUUUACCAAAUUGCAUUUUUAACAAGAAGGAUCCUAUUGUCUUGGGGGUUGAUAUCCUUGAAGGCAUUUUAAGGGUUGGCACUCCGAUUUGUAUUCCUCAAAGAGAAUUCAUUGAUAUUGGUCGAAUAGCUUCAAUUGAAAAUAACCAUAAACCUGUUGAUUCUGCCAAGAAAGGCCAGAAGGUGGCCAUUAAGAUAGUUGGAUCUAAUCCAGAGGAGCAACAGAAAAUGUAUGGAAGGCACUUUGAGCUUGAAGAUGAGCUUGUUAGUCAUAUUUCUAGGAGAUCAAGUGAUAUUCUCAAAGCUAAUUAUAGGGAUGAUCUGUCCCUUGAUGAUUGGAGAUUGGUCCAAAGACUGAAGGCCCUUUUCAAAAUUCCAUGAGCAUCAUGAUCGAAUGGACCCAAGAUGUUGCCGGUAAGAUGUAAAUUCCCGAGGUUUGAUUGGCUUGAAAGGAGGGAAAGGAAGGAAAGGG